GAAAAGCAAUAGUUUUAAGUACCUAGGAUCGGUAUUACAGAGUAAUGGAGAAAUAGAUGGAGAUGCAUGCAGUAGAAUUAGGGCUGGAUGGAUGAAGUGGAAAGAAGCGAGUGGUGUGUUGUGUGACAGAAAAAUUCCAAUGAAGCUGAAGGGAAAAUUCUAUAAAACAGCCAUAAGACCGGCUAUGAUGUACGGAACUGAAUGUUGGGCAGUGAAAAAGAAAGAGGAACAACGAAUGCAUGUGGCGGAAAUGAGAAUGCUUAGAUGGAUGAGUGGAGUGACAAAGAAGGAUAAAAUUAGAAAUGAGUAUAUUAGGGGAAGUCUAGGUGUGGCACCAAUUGAUGCCAAAAUGAGAGAGCAUAGGUUAAGAUGGUUCGGUCAUGUUCAACGUCGAGACGUUAAUCACCCAAUACGAAGAAUAGCUGAAGUGCAGAUUCCUGGAAGGAGUAGGAGAGGAAGACCAAAGAAGACCUGGGGGGAGGCGAUAAGGCAGGACAUGUUGGUAAAGGGGAUUAACAUUGAUAUGACCCAAGACAGAAUUGUGUGGAGAAAUGCAAUUAGGGAAGCCGACCCCGCAUAGG